CCCCGCCGAGCGAUGCCGCGCGCACAGUGCCUAACUGUCAGCAAAAUUGCAAAUUUCGCAUUUUGUUGGCCACUGCUGCUGUUUUUCCAAGCUUUGGGUCUAAAAAAUCCCAAAGAAACUAAUGGAUUCGCAAAUUUGAUUGGUUUAAUCCGAUCAGGCCAAAGCAGUUUUUAUAAUUAUUUAUCCCUGGUGUUAUUGCUGUUGCUCCUACUGGCUGUAGGAAUGUGAGUGAAGCGGUAAUGAUGUUGCUGUUUUUGUGAUGUGCUUUUUCAAUUUUGUUAGCGGGAGGAGAAAAG